AUUUUAUUGACAUUGCAUAGUGAGUUGGAGUGGCAGAAGAACCCUAAACUUGAAUUGAAGACGAAAAUGGCGAUGAUUCAAGGUGUGCAAAAGAACACCCUAUACGUCGGAGGUUUAGCGGAGGAAGUCAACGAAUCCAUCCUUCAUGCGGCAUUCAUACCCUUCGGUGACAUCAAAGACGUCAAAACCCCACUCGAUCAAGCCACUCAGAAGCAUCGCUCCUUUGGCUUCGUCACUUUCCUCGAGAGGGAAGACGCUUCCGCCGCCAUGGAUAAUAUGGACGGUGCCGAACUCUACGGUCGUGUCCUUACCGUUAAUUACGCCCUUCCUGAACGCAUUAAGGGUGGUGAACAAGGCUGGGCUGCUCAACCAAUUUGGGCGGAUGCGGAUACUUGGUUUGAGCGGCAGCAACAAGAGGAGGACAUGCGUCGUCUUGAAGCAGAGAAUAAAGCUGCAAUGCAGGCUGCUGAAGAACUGCAUAGGAAGCAAGUAGCCCAAGAGCGAGAAGGAGAGAAAGAAGAGGAAAGUGAGAUCAAGGAUGAUCCUAUGGCAAGGGCUGAAGCAGAGGUUGUUCAAUAGAAAAAACCAAUAACUUAUUAUUUGUAAAUCAGAGGGAGCACUUGGUAAGGGAAGCUGAUGCAUUUUUUCAUUUGUUCACUCAUCUGUAAUGUGAGAUAAAUCUGAUGCAUGGUUAGACAAAUUCCUACAGAUUAUGGAACAGGGGAUAGCUGGGGUACUUGUGAGUGAAGUUUGAUCACGUUUCACCUUUCCAUUGCCUCACUUGUAUUGUGAAAGCUGUACCAUUUUAUUGUACUUAUAAUUUUGAAGAAUAUAAUCAUAGUCUUCUGAUAUUUUACUUU